AUGGAUGGAAGAGAUCGUCUGUAUUCGACUUUGUCUACUCAACUUGCCCUCAAUCCGAAUCGGGACCUCAAAAGGUUCGAAAAUGAUAUUGCAGGUGUUGUAGAUUCAGCUCUUAGUGAGCUACGGAACAGUCAAAAGUUCCGAGGCUUGAUCAACAAAUUGGUGGUGCAACAAAGUAAGUUCUUUGGUAUUAAAUUGUUAUUUAUUAUUUUAGGAGUGGCUGCAGCAGAGGCUUUUCUUUCACAACAAGCUAUCGACGAUGCCCAAGCUGAUCCAUCACAAAAUAAUCACGAAACGGACGGGAACUUUGAGUUGCAAGCGAAGUCUGAUAGUGAAAUUGUCGAAAGGCAUCAGGUCUUACCUUCAUCUUCUUCUGAAGCCGACAUCAAUAAAAAAUCCGUUCCUCGUAAACUGUCGAAUGGAUAUAAUGUCAAGUUCAAGUAUCUAAGAGGUGAUGUACAGCUCAAAUCUUCUCAAUUGAACAAGCAUAUCACAAAAGACUGGACUAUGGUCGUUAUUCUGCCCAAUGUUGUUUUAGAGACCAAUGAAUUUGAUAUUGUUAAAGUGAGUUCAUUUGAAUUGAUUGAUUUGUGUUUAGAUAACCACUGGAAGUUUUGAUCAGAUAUUUACUAUUCUUUCUCAAGCCAAUUUACACAAGAAGACCAAGAAUAUUGUGCUUGCUUUGGCACCGAAAUAUUUCAAAAAGAGUUGCAAGGUCCGUGAGAUAUUGAGCCGAAUUAUUUCCUAUGGUCAAGGAUUUGAAGGCAAAGCUAAAUUGUUUGUAACUGGAUUCGCCAACAAAAAUAGCAAUGCGCAGCCGAAAGAAUAUUGUGAGAAACUCCGAAAGUUUAAUGACACUGCGGAAGGAAUGCUGGCAAAACAUGAUAUCCAAUUCUUGGACCUGAAAAAGUUUCUUCCCAUAAAACUCAAUGGAGUUGAUUGGCACAAAGAUCAUCCUGAAAGUCCGGAGGUGUUCAACGACGACAUCAUGGCAUGGGUUUUUAAGGAAGCAAUGAGCUACGCGAUGUUGAGUGCAAAUGUAAGUCUUAUUUUUAUUUUAUUUUUAUUGUUUGAGGGGACUAUGAAGAAGCUGAAGAGGGCAUCACCACGGCCAGUUGAGGAGAUGGAGUAUGAUGAAAAAGAAAUCGUCCAGAAAGAUGGUAAGAUAGACGAAAGCUCAUCUGCAGGUGAUAAUUUAGGGAAAAAUACAUUUGGUGACAAGAAAUAUUUUUGUUGGGGACCACUAAAACCGCCAAUUAUUUCCCACGAAUUUGCAUAGAAUCAAAGGACAAAGUCUUCGUCAGAUCAAAUCAUUCCCCUAUUCUCAGAAGUCGGUCUCUCGCUCCUUAGCGUGCGGUUGUAUUUUCAUGUAUUUCUCGUCUGGCCCAAUAAACAUAUUCUCUAAUUCUGUCUACUUUCGUUAUAGGUGAGACUGAAUCAUCACUUCGUAAGCAGAACGGCGAAAUGAAAGUUGAAAUGAAACACGUCGUUGCCGAGGAAAAGACGUCUAGUAAAAAUGAUAAAAGUGAGGUUGUAACUCCCGAUGAGAAUGGUUAUGGUCCUAAAAUAAAUGGAAAGAGAUUUGAUGUUGCUUAUAAGACGCGACUGAAGAAGGACAUUACGGAACGAGAGAUUGUUGCCUUAGAAUUGGAAAAGGCUCCAAGGUGGAUUUUACUGGUACUGGAAGAUACUUCAGUCCCGCUCAGCAAAGACCGUUUGUUCUCUGCGUUCACGGUAAGAAUGCGACAAUCUGGUAAAUUGAUGAUUUUAGUUCAACUUUGGAAAUGUAAGGGAAGCCAGCACUUUUGUAAUACCACUCCUCCGACAUCUGAAGUCACCCAAAAACAUUGCGAUAUCAUUGAAUCCGGCCUGGUACUUUAGAAUGCCGAAUAAGACGGGGAAAUCGAUUGAUAUGCCGCUAGAGAUGAUGUCACUUUUGGAAUUGGACAUCAUGGCGGGAAGGCCUUCCUUCUGUAAUAUACAGGGUGGUCCAGCUAAGUUCGCGGAUGUAAAAUGCUUAUAACUUUUUAUAGGAUUGUUCAAUUUUUAUGAGCAAUAGCUCAUUUUAUUCCUUAGUAGUUGCCAUUUUGUUUAAAAAAGACCAUUAAAAACGAGCAAUCCUACGUCGAGUUAUGACCCUUCAAAGUCAAACAUGCUUUUUCACGUAAAUUUUUAAAAAAAUUUAAUUUUCAAAAAUUUUUGAAUUGCGGUGUCACCGCUCGCUGUUACCGGGAAAUGAUGGUGAACAGAGCGAUCCGAGCUAUGCAAAAUUGGCCCAAUUUUGCCAGUCUUUGGUAUUCUUCCAUAAUUUGGCGCCUCAUUUGUUCAUCCUGGCGAACUCAUUCCACCUCUUCUUCGAUUACGCGCUUCAAUUCCACGUCUUUGGGCGCCAAUCCCUGAUGAAAAUCCGCUGUUUUAAGAACCCCCAAAUGGAGAAAUCUAGCGAAGUUAGAUCAGGUGAACGUGGGGACCCAGCAAUAGGAGCUGGUUGCCGCGCAGAUCCCCGGCCCAUCCAACGACCUGGAAAAACCUGGUCAAGGAGUUGACGGACCGCUAUAGCAAAAUGAGGUGGCGCGCCGUCUUGUUGAAAAACAAGACUGGCAAAAUUGGCUGGUAUCGCUCUGUUCACCAUCAUUUCCCGGUACCAGCGAGCGGUGACACCGCAAUUCAAAAAUUUUUGAAAAUAAAAUUUUUUUUAAAAUUUACGUGAAAAAGCAUGUUUGACUUUGAAGGGUCAUAACUCGACGUAGGAUUGAUCAUUUUUAAUGAUCUUUUUUUUAAACAAAAUGGCAACUACUAAGGAAUAAAAUGAGCUAUUGCUCAUAAAAAUUGAACAAUCCUAUAAAAAGUUAUAAGCAUUUUACAUCCGCGAACUUAGCUGGACCACCCUGUAUAUUUCAUUGGAUUUCCCACACAGCCGUCUGAUGAAAUGUUUAACGGACGAUUGAAGAAGAUCAAUGAUUUUAUGGCUUCAAAAUUUGGAGAUCAUUUCAUAGACCCAUGCAGAUUUAUGCCGCCAGGUCUGCCUAAAAUCGAUCUUACACGGCCAAAUGACAAUAAGCCAAAGUUAUUGGACGAUGAAUUGAAUUGUUUCUUAUUGAAGGAAGCCAUGAAUUGGUUGAUUAACAAUUCCAAGGAUGAUGUCGUUGUGAGGGAAGACAGUUCCGAAGAUGAAGUUGAUGAUUUUGUCGCAUCUGCGAGCAAAGAGAUCAAUGAGGGAGCUAAAAUACCUGACGAGAAGGCAGAGGAGAUGGAAGAGCAAGUUGAAGUGGAUGAAGCCAAAACGGCACUUGAGAUUGGUUUGGAAAGAAAGGACAAAGAUGAUGGGAUUGCUCAUACAAUCAAUUUGAAGGACACGGAUCAUGUGGAAAAACUGGUUACAGUGGAAGAAAAAGAGUCAAAGAAGAUUACUGCCUCUGCGACAGUUAACGUAGAAAGGAAGAACCAAGAAAGUGAGGGCGACAGAAUUUCUGCAACCACCGAAUCCAAGAAGAUCCCAGAAGCCGGAGAAACAUUGAACACGGAAGAGAGGGCAUUGAGAAAUAUGUUAUCGAAGACUCUUGUCAACGAUUUGAAGUCAGAGAUAUUUUUGGAGCCCUCAGGAGACAUGGGAAGAAUCGGGUUGGAAGCUGUCUUUCUUCGCAACACUCUCGAGAUGAAAUGCGCGUUAUGUCCAGAGCAUAUGCUUGCACAACAAUUUAAUUUGAUGAAAAAAGUUUAUCUUGGGCAUCAGGUGGCAGCUUACAUCUUUGGUCGCGUUAAUGGAUUCUUCAAGAAGAAAAGAAAUUUCACAACUGAUCCGAUUGGACUUGGAGAAAAGAUUAAGGCCGCUAUAUGCAGAAUGAUGACAGAUUACACCCUACUUGAACUUGGCGAGUUACUGAGGCCAGCUGUGAUUGCAACCUUAAAAGCUGAUGAAUUCGCACCUCUGAAGAGCGAUGAGUAUGUAAUCUUGAUGACUAAUGGAAGCCUAGACCCAUUGGCACAUGGUGCGAUCGUUCUUGGCCUUUUCUCGGCCCUCUUCCCUGAUCCGGACGCUCCCGGAAGAAAUAUGGAGGAAUUUUUCUUCCUUCUCGAACGAUUGAAGAACAAGUUUGAGCAUAUCCACUUGAUCGGUCGAGACGUCUUCAGAGCAUCUCAGCCCUCUUCUGUCCCUGAAGUUGUCAAUGAAACAGAAGCCAAACAAUUGAAACAACGCAUCGAAAGUGAAGCAAAAAUCGUGCCGGAUGCAGUAAUUGGCGUCAGGCUGAAAGGAAAGUUGAAACUGGCUGAACACGGCACAUUGCAAGCAACAUUGAACGUCUUUGGUCGGUACGAACCUUUCUUCAAACAGGACAUACGGAAGUUCGAUGAUCAGCUGGUCGGUAUGAUGGUAAAGGCAAUUGCGAUGAAGAUGUGUAAAUGUUUUGGUCCAAGAGCCAUUGGAAAUGUAUUCAGACAGGAGAUGGAUCGUUUAUUGACCAUGGAAAAGUUCAAACCAUCUACUCGAGAAUUGACGACAGUCUUGGAUAGAGAAGAUCUGGAUCUUGGUGUUUAUGCACUCGUAGUUUGGGAAAAAUUAUUCAUCGAAGACGAAGGUGUUCAAAAGGAUAUCCAGCUCAAAAUGGAUAAAUCAACUGUGGCGCAGACAGAACCCAAAACGAAAAAGAUGGAAGGUCAGCCGGUAAAAACGACCGAGAAAAUCGAUCGACCGACCACAUCCAAGGAGACAAGAGGGGAGUCAGGGUACUGUAAAUUGAUGAGAGAAGUCCGAUCAACAGUCGUGAGGCUCUCUCCAGCCGAAAGAAAAGACAAAUCGACAGCGUUCAUGUUCCAGAUGAUUGCCCGAAAAGUUGGAUUUGCCGAGAAUUACAAGAAAACGAUUGCAGACACGUCCAACGAGAAGGACAAAGAUUUCAGAAGGGUAAAAGAUGCGAUUCGUCGCUUGUUCGUCAUCAUCAGCAAUAGUAUUGCAUCUCGCUUGUCAUCGGCACCCGAUCACGAGAUUCCGGACUGUCUCCAAGUUGUCCUAAGUUAUUGUGUGAAUCAACUGCAAGCUGAGUUGACGGGACAGGAUUUCAGAGAAGCUAUUAUCAAGUGUCAACCGACUGUAAUCACAGACACCAUUGUGAAUGACUUAUUGAAGAUGAACGACAACUUUUUGGGAGGAUUUUUCUUCGAACUUGUCAGCCGAAUUUUGAUGCCUGAUCAGGGUGAUCCAAAUCAAAAGAAAGUACCUCUAAAGGGACCCCAAACUGUUUUCGAGGAGGUGAUGCAAGUUUGUGGAGACAUGGAGACCACUAAUCUGAUCGUCAAGAGAAUUCAGGACUUUAAAUUUACUACAGACCUCAGAUCAAGCGUCCUUAGACAGCUCAGCCUGAUGGAUAAUAUAACAUUGGCCAGGAAAUUUAAAGCCCAAUUCCAAAGGAAGGACACCAUUUUCACAGACACUGAUUACGAUCUCCUCUAUAGGAUUAUCCGACGGUUUCAUCCAUUUUUACGGGAUAAAACGAAAGCGUUCAAAGAGGAAUUCAAACUGGGAUAUGUUCUCAAAGAAAUUAUCCCAGGCAUUCUGUGCCACCCUGGGGUUGUCUUCGAAAUAUUUGCAGAUGAACAUGAUAACCUCCAAUUUGAACACUCGACCGUCGUUUUGAAUAGGACCGUCGGUUUAGUUGGUCGGGAAGGCAUGGUCUCAUAUUGGAAUAUCUUCCUCUGCGCUUUGGUUGAUGACGAUGUCGAAAAACAAUGUAUAAAACCUGAGAAACCUACCUCUUCUGUACGUGCGAGUAAUGUAAGUCGAGAUGUCAAGGUAGUCUUAUAUUACACGUUUUUAAGAGCUCAUCCAGCCCUCCACAGCCCUUCCUCCAAGGCGCUAAGAUAUCGGAUAAAGCCAAAACGGACUGCAACUUGAUGUAG